AUGGAUAGGCAGCAGCUGCAGCAGCAGCAGCAGCACCAACACGCGCUGCAGCAGCAGCAACAGCAGCAGCAGUCGGAGUUGGAUGCUGAUGAUGUAGAGCUGCAGCGCGCACUUGAGGCCUCUUUAAGGGAAUCUGCUGCUUCACCCAGUCCCCCCGCUAUAGCAGCAGCAGAAGCAGCAGCAGCUGCUGCUGAUGCUGCUGCUGCACCACGGCAGCUGUCUGCUGCAGAGUUUAUCGCGCUUCUUCCGGAAGAUGAUGACCUUACAGAUUUGCUGCAGCCUCCCCCUCCCCGCAGCAGCAGCAACAGCACGUUCCCUCUAAGCCGCGGCAGCAGCAGCAGCAGCAGCAGCAAGAAGCUCCCGGAGGACCGCUUUAGAGUGCCGCCUGAGUGGAUAGAAGAGGAAGAGAGACGGGGCUGCUGCUGCUGCUGCAGGGUGCCCCCCAGCUGUAGCAGCAGCAGCAGGAGCGCCGGAUCUGCAGGAGCAGCGGCAGCAGCAACAGCAACGCCUGAGGAGCCGCAGCAGCAGCAGCAGGAGCGGUGGAAGUGCUGCUCCUGUGUCGCAGCAAGUGAUAGUGAUGCAGCAGCAGCAGCAGCAGCAGAUGGGCUCACCGAAGAGGAGCAGCGCGCCAGCUUCGAGGCCUCAACAAUGCCGCUGCAGCAGCAGCAGCUGCGUGAGUUGCUGCUGCUGCUCUUUGGGGAAGGCAGCGGCAGAGAAAUAGAUAAAGAAGAUUUAGGGCGGUGGAUGGCGCACCCGAUUGCAUUUGCUGCUGACUGGCCGGAGGCCGCGCAUCUGCGCGGGGCAGCUUUAGGAGAAGGUGCUGCCGGUGGUGCAGCAGCAGCAGGAGCAGCAGGAGCAGCAGCUAGCUGCGAAGAGUGGGGCCUGGUUCAGGUACACGGAGGCCCCUGUGGGGUGCUUGCUGCGCUGCAGUGUCUUGUGCUACGUUCUUUGCUUUUCUCUCGCUUCCGGGCAGCAAAGAGGCUGCAGCAUGAGCAGCAGCAGCAGCAGCAGCAGCAAGAGCAGCAGCAGCAGCAGCUGCUGCUGCGGCUGCACCCGUGUUCGCUGCAGCGGCAGCAUGCGCUUGCAGAAGCAGUUGCUGCAGUAUUAUAUCAAUGUACUGAGGGUUCAGUAUACACUGUUGCUGCUCUCUCGCCUCCCCGGAGGCCCCCAGCAGCAGCAGCAGCAGGAACAUCAGCAGCAGCAGCAGCAGCAGCAGAAGUAGAUUCUCUUCAGGUGCAAGUGCGAGAGAUAGUGGGGAUCGCUCAGGUUAUGCGGUUUUACUUCGCCCAUCAAAAAGUGCUGCUAGCAGCACCAGGAGCAGCACUUAGUCUUCUCGCUUCCGUUGUACUCACUAGGGGGCCCAGCAAGGUUAGGAGGGAUAUGGAUCCUCCUUCUCGCGCUUUAGUUGGGGUGUAUGGGCACUGCGCCCAGGAGUCUUUAAAUUUGCUGCUGCAGGGAGCAGCAAGCAGCAAUGUCUGCGACGGGGCGACAAUGAUAGGAGAAGCUUGCUUAGGAGGAGCCUACAAACGGCCUCUGGUUGGCUUCCUCUCAGAGAUGGAAGUGCUCAGGUGCAAACCCUAA